AUGACACGGCAGCAGCUUCUUAUACGACUGCAGUCUUGCACUAUCCCUCAGCGCACGACAGAUGACAUAUCACAUGAUAGCCUGCAGGUUUUAGAACCCCAGGCUGAACAGAAUUUUACCUGGGACGAAGUCUCCGAAACUAGCAGCGAGACAUCGCGUGUGGCAGACGAUGUAAACGGCCAAGCAUUUUCUCGACAAUCACUGAAUGCCUCGUACUUGGGUUUAUCAUCGGUACCUACGAUUCUGAGAGUCAUUGUUCAUCUUCGCCCCACUGUCCAGAAGAGGGUCCCAGAAGGUCCCCAGGCAUGGAGGAGUCCAUCGAUGCACACUGGCAGCCCAGACGAAACCUCUGUGAUGCAAAUUGACGAGAUCUCACUCAUCGAUGCGUAUUUCGACCAAAUACACCCUAUCAUCCCUAUGAUUGACGAGGCAGAGUUUCGAUGUCGAUACUACACAGCAGACCUGACACAAGAUGAGACUGGCUCAUGGCUGGCUCUACUCAACAUGGUUCUUGCGAUGGGUUCAAUGGCGUCUGACUCUAUACACCUCACCAGCCAUAACAUCUUCUACAAGAGGGCCCUCUCGUUUAUCAACAUAUCGUCCUUCGGGUCCGGCCACAUACACAUGGUACAAGCUCUAGCCCUCUACAGUGGAAUGCUUUUACACUUCUUCAACCGACCCAACACUGCGACUGCUGUAAUGGGGGCGACAAUCCAGAUGGCUGUUGCAAUGGGUCUGCACAGAGUUCAGGCGACACCGGCCAACCUGGACAGCCUUGCUUGUCCUUCAGCUGGUACUACAAAUACUCGAAUCCGUACCUGGUGGUGUCUUUUGUGCUUGGACACGUGGGCGUCCUCGACAUUGGGUCGUCCAAGUCCUGGAUAUUGGAAUCCAGCAACAGUAUCAACAACGACCCCGUCCGCCUUGGAAAGUUCGGACUAUGCGACAUCACUUGCCUGCAGUGAGCAAUUCUGCAGAAUUGCCGCCCGCAUACAGGAGCGCCUCAUCCAACUACCCCUCAUUAACCUAGAUGAAGUCAAUGAGUUCGACCGUGAUCUUCUUAUUUGGAGAGAUUCGUGGAACAAAUUUAUAACUAAUCGCGAACAAGGCUCUGGCAACACAGCACGGGCAAUCCUAGGGUGGCGACUCAUCACUACUCGUCUUACACUGUACCGCCCACUCCUACUCGUGACGGCUAUCCGUCGAAAGGCUUGGCAUGAGCUAAAUCCCAGCGAAAGAACGAACUUGCGCAAGUGUCUGGAGAUUGCUCUUGAAGGAAUUGAUAUGAUGUGCAAUGAAUGGUCUUCCAACCAGGUUAUCUGCUGGAAUAUUGCCUGGAACCUCUUCCAGGCAACGCUAGUAGUCAUCCUGUGUAUGAUGUCAGACAAAGCUGAGGCCGAACAGCGUGGUUGCAGCGAGUACAUUGUUCGCUCGAUUAGCCUGUUUGGUCAGAUGGAGCCUCUAGAUGCUGGCUGUACGCGUAGCCGCAAGCUGAUCCAACUCCUCUUCGACAAUGCCAGGGAACUGGAACCAGAGGUCAUGACUUGCAGGGAGGGUGAUUGGAAUCAGUCAGCACUUGAGUUGUUGGAUUUUGAUCUCCUGGGGGAAGAUAUAGAUUGGUUCUUCAGCGGAAGUUAA